AUGCGGGGCCUCGAGGCCUCUGUAAACACCGAAGCGCGCCUGCGCAAACGGAGCGUCUCGGGAUUGACACUUGGGGGCGUCGUAGCGAAGAAAACAUCCUGCUUGGAGCCAACCCCCAGUGUGGUCACCUGGGUGGGCUCUGGUGGGGAGGGAGGUGUCAAGAAAGUGGAGAGACUGGCAGCUCUGGAGAAGCUGCUUGUGGAGGGAACUUCUGGAGAAGUCCUUCUGCCUGUCUGCCCUUACUGCUGCCUCCUGCUGUCACCUCAGCCCAAUUUCUUUUACCCUGGACUUGGUGACUGGCUCCUCCGGGGCCAGGUCCCCUCUCGGGGCGCACGGGGGCGGGCGCUAGGACCCUGCGGGGCGGGGCGGGGCGAGGCUGCGAGCUCCGUCAGCUUUACCUCCGCAGCCUGGAAAAUACCCAGCCCAGGCGAGCGGAGCCCCAGGAGCCCCGAGCCUAGCCGGGAGGGAGGGAGGGAGGGAGGGGGCGCGCGGCGCCGGGGGCACGGGGCGGGGCCGGGCGGCGGGACCCACUGUUCCUCCCCCCAGAGUCCCCGCGCGGCCCCCGGUCGCCCGGGCAGCAGCGGCCGCGGAGACGCUCGCACCCCGGCCCCGGCGGGCCCAGGCGAAGCAGCGGGCACAGGUCCCAGGAAGGUGGCGUCAGCAUCUGCAGCCUCGUUGACGUUGUUGGAGCCUCAGGGGAGGACCCAGGAGAGCCGGACUAGGACCAGGGCCCUUAGUCUCCCCACACUCCCCAUGGAGAAGCCAGAGGCCUCAACAGAGCCCCAAGGGCUUCGGCCAGUCCUGGGCCGUGAGAGUGUCCAGGUGCCCGAUGACCAGGACUUCCGCAGUUUUCGGUCAGAGUGUGAGGCGGAGGUGGGCUGGAACCUGACCUACAGCAAGGCCGGCGUGUCUGUGUGGGUGCACGCUGUGGAGAUGGAUCGGACACUGCACAAGAUCAAGUGCCGUAUGGAGUGCCGAGAUGUGCCAGCUGACACACUCUACGACGUCCUCCACGACAUUGAGUACCGAAAGAAGUGGGACAGCAACGUCAUUGAGACUUUCGACAUCGCCCGCUUGACAGUCAAUGCUGACGUGGGCUAUUACUCUUGGAGAUGUCCCAAGCCCCUGAAGAACCGUGAUGUCAUCACCCUCCGCUCCUGGCUCCCCAUGGGCACUGAUUAUAUCAUUAUGAACUACUCAGUCAAACAUCCUAAAUACCCACCUCGGAAAGAUUUGGUCCGAGCUGUGUCCAUCCAGACGGGCUACCUCAUCCAGAGCACGGGGCCUAAGAGCUGCAUCAUCACCUACCUGGCCCAGGUGGACCCCAAAGGCUCCUUACCCAAGUGGGUGGUGAAUAAGUCUUCACAGUUCCUGGCUCCCAAGGCCAUGAAGAAGAUGUACAAGGCGUGCGUCAAGUACCCCGAGUGGAAGCAGAAGCACCAGCCUCACUUCAAGCCCUGGCUGCACCCGGAGCAGAGCCCACUGCCGAGCCUGGCGCUGUCGGAGCUGUCAGUGCAGCACGCGGACUCGCUGGAGAACAUCGACGAGAGCGCGGUGGCAGAGAGUCGGGAGGAGCGCGUGAGCGGCGCGGGCGGCGAGGGCAGCGACGACGAUACCUCGCUCACCUGAGCGCCGCACAGCGCCUUUGCAAGGACCGAGACGGGCCCUGGGCCGAGCCCCGGGCAGCGGAUCCUCCCGCACAUUCUCCCCUCCCCCACCCCGGCGCCUCUUGGGGGCACUGGGCUCGGGCCCAGGCGGCGCUGCUGCCUGGCUGGACACAGCCCCAAUAAAUGAUCCCACAGCCUCA